UAGUUGGAGUUGUUGUACACCGAGCACGAGAGGGAGAGAGAGGAGAGAGAGGAGAGAGAGCGCAGCAGCUGAGUGAGCAAACAGAGCCAGAAACAUUAGGUUAUCUGUCGAGACUAUCGAGACGUCGACCUGUCACUUUUAACCGCUUCGACCCGAGUCUAUACUUGAAGAGGACAGCAGCAGCAGCAGCGGCGGCGGCGGCGGCAGCAGCAGCAGCGACCUGGUCUGCUCUGCUUCGAGCCCGUGAAAAACUCCCAAACGCGGUCGUGUCAGCUGGCAUGAGCUAACCUACCAGACAGACAUGGAAACCAAACCAUUCUUGUCAUUGGGGUUCCUGAAGCCCCAGUGCUCCUUGGCUCCUCCCAUGCAGCGAGGUCGCUCAAGCGAGGCUUGUACCUGUUUCAGUGGCAUGUGUCCUCUCCAUCAGCGUCGUCUGUCCUCAGACUCUUCGGGCCAGGUGACCUCCUCUCCCCUGGGCUCACCCACAUCCCACCGGGGAAUGCACCCAUCUCUGCUCAGCCCAACAUCCAUGGGACCCUCGGGCUCGCUUCACUCUCCUAUCAGCACACUGAGUUCGCCCAUGAACGGCCUGGCCUCGCCUUUCUCUGUAAUCAGCUCGCCCAUGGGCCCCCACUCCAUGAACUCUCCCGGCAUGGGAUACGGCGCCAGUGUCAGCCCCCAGAUGUUUCAGCUGAACUCUCCAAUGAACUCAGUCAGCAGCACGGAGGACAUCAAGCCCCCGCUGGGCCUCAACGGUGUGAUGAAAGUGCCUGCCCAGCCCUCAGGCACUGCCCUGUCGCUCACCAAACACAUCUGCGCCAUCUGUGGUGACCGCUCCUCAGGUAAACACUAUGGGGUAUACAGCUGCGAGGGCUGCAAAGGUUUCUUCAAAAGGACGGUGCGCAAAGACCUGACCUACACCUGUCGCGACAACAAGGACUGUGUCAUUGAUAAGCGCCAGAGGAACCGCUGCCAGUACUGCCGUUACCAGAAGUGUUUAGCCAUGGGCAUGAAGAGAGAAGUUUUGUUACAUGCAGCUGUUCAGGAGGAGCGCCAGAGAGCCAAGGACAAAAAUGAGAACGAGGUGGAGUCCACCAGCUGCGCCAAUGAGGACAUGCCCGUGGAGAAGAUUCUGGAGGCAGAGCAGGCGGUGGAACCCAAAACCGAGACCUACAUUGAGACCAACCUUAGUGUGCCAUCCAGUUCGCCCAACGACCCAGUGACAAACAUCUGUCAGGCAGCUGACAAACAGCUCUUUACCCUGGUGGAAUGGGCCAAGAGGAUCCCCCACUUCUCUGAGCUGCCCCUGGACGACCAGGUCAUCCUUCUACGAGCAGGUUGGAAUGAACUCCUCAUUGCAUCAUUUUCGCACCGUUCGAUAGCGAUUAAAGACGGGAUCUUGUUGGCGACCGGGCUGCACGUCCACCGCAACAGUGCCCAUAGUGCCGGAGUGGGUGCCAUCUUUGACAGAGUGCUCACAGAAUUGGUGUCAAAGAUGAGGGACAUGCAGAUGGAUAAGACAGAACUGGGGUGUCUUCGAGCCAUAGUCCUUUUCAACCCAGACUCUAAAGGACUGUCCAACCCCGGUGAGGUAGAGGCUCUGAGAGAGAAAGUGUAUGCGUCUUUAGAGGCCUACUGCAAACAGAAGUACCCUGAGCAGCCUGGCAGAUUUGCCAAGUUGUUGCUGCGGUUACCGGCGCUGCGCUCCAUCGGCCUUAAGUGUCUGGAGCACUUGUUCUUUUUCAAGCUCAUCGGCGACACGCCCAUUGACACCUUCCUUAUGGAGAUGCUAGAAGCCCCACAUCAAAUGACAUAAUAGCAGAGAGGGUGGAGCUCCCCUCCUCCCACCUCCCUCCUCCACCCCAAUACCUCCCACUCAACCCUGGAUCAGGAGCGGGACCCUUUUUAAAAUCCCAUCUCCAGCAAGGGACAGAUCACUUUUAAUGGAGAACCUCUUCUUCCCUCCUUCCCUCCCUUUUUCCUCUCCUCAGCUCCAAUUGAUGUGUUUCAAAUUAUCAUGUCUAUGGGUCUGUUUUAUACCUUGUAAGAUAAAUAUAAAUAAGAAAAAUAUAUAUAUAUAUGUAUACAGUAAAUGAAAAUCACACGGCAACUCGAGUGACAACAGUGGACUGAAACAAGGUCGGACAGAGGACAAAAGAAACGUAUUGAGCCAUCGUUUUCAUCCUUGCUGUUUGUGCACCUUGACAAGACAAAGUAGAGACGAUCAGGUUUUUAACACCCACAGUUAUGCUUGCAGGUAUACAGUAUAUAUGUAUAAAAAAAAAAGAAAACAAAAACAGCGGUGAUGUCAUAUUUGGACACUCAGCGUUGUGAUCAGGACAAUCGUGGACUGGGAGAACCUCAGGCUGAGCUCUCCCUCUCUCUUUCAGGACUGAACUUACUUCGGGGUGGGGACGGCGGGGGGAGAGCACAUCUGCUCAAAAGAACUCCUGCCUGACUCGACUGAAGGCGUCAGGUCUUGCACUAGCUGUUUGUGAUGUGUGAGCUUUCCUGAGUAGAACUCAGAGCUGGGUUGUCAAGACUGCAAGUGCUCAGAAAACCUCAGGUCUCUGGCCAAUUCCAACAAAUACAAACAUGUCUUACUAUAUUAGCACUGUGUGACAUCAGGGAGGAUGUUCACUGAUCGUUCACUGAUCAGUCCUUCAGUUAUUGUUAAUCGAUCGAACAAGAGUUGGGAGAACUCGUCGUGUACAAUCUGUGCUGUCCUGCGAACACGGGAAGAUGCAGGCUGCUGUAAAUUAGCCACACGUUAGCUUUGUGCUACAUGAUGCUCUGAAAGGCUUCCACAGCAGGCACCAGGAACAACUUUUUGUCAUCCUGUUUCAAACAAUUGGGCCUCUGUUGCAACCUCACAACAUAAACUUGGAUGGCUGGAAAGUGAGCACACAGUCUCAUCCGUGUGGUAAAACUCGCUGGCCUCUGGGCUCCUUGUCCGUCCCUUCUCCGACCUCUCUGCUUCUCCUUUCAUGUGAAUUUCAGCACACCUUUACACCUCCAUGCUCAGAAAUCCCUCUGCUCGGUGCAGCGGGUGUUAGCUUUUCUUCAGUACGCCUCAUAUCUACCUGUACAGAAAGUUGCAACCGUACACAGUAUUGACGUUAUGACGUUAUGUUUUGAUUUUUAACAGCAGCAGCAAUGCACAAUUACCUCAGUUUCCAUCCCUCCGACCUUCAGUUCUUGAUACUCGUUUAACCAUUUUCAGGAUGUGGGAGAAGUGCUUGGCGUUGCAGCAGAGCCAUUAUUUGUUUGUUUGUUUGUUACUUGGCACUUAACCUCAUGACAGUGGAGUCGGGUUCCUAAACGGAGAGAUGAUGUUGAUGUAAUCGACCUCCGAAGUGGAAUUUGGCCCAGGCCCAAUCCAGAACACGCACAUACACACACACGCACACACACAUACACACACAUUCGCUCUCUCUGCACUUCUUUGGACAACCAAGUGUCACUCAAGUUGAACUGAAAUGUUAAAUAUCUCCAUGUUGUGUAUAAAUAUGCUUUAUGCCCAUGAUCUGCUUUUUUUCCCUCCUCUUUUCUUUCUCUAUAAGUGCUGCAGCUGCUGCAAAACUAUGCAUCAAGUGCAUUUCCAAAGAUUGUCCACAGAGCGAGUGCUUGUUAGCAUGGCUUAAACAGGUCUGACUCCUUAUAAAAACAAGUGUUUGUGAGGUGUGGGUCUGCUGUAAUAUUUUCCUGGAAUGGAGUACUGUUCAGUUAUUAGAUUCAGUCAUUCUGUCUUGGUUUAUCCACCGCUGACUGACUGACUGAAAACAAGCAGCUCUCGGCCCUCGUUUGAAAGUGUUUUAUGGAAGAGUGAAGCAUAGCAGAUUUAAAGGUCAUGUUAAAUAAUAGCUGUUGCUGACUAUGAUCUGAGAACAGGACUAAAAGAAAAUUAGAUUAAGGAUUUCCUUCUUAUAUCUGCAUACUCACCACUGUUUCAUAAGCACCUUGACACUAUCUGGUCUUGAAAGAAAAAGCCCUGAGCACCAUGUUUUCAUUAUAAACUGAGAUGGUUAAUCACCGAAUAUGGAGGCUUGAGUGUGCCACUAAUCUUAAUAUUCUUCAAUCUUAAUAUAUAACAUUAAUUAGAACUGCAUUGCAAUGCACCAGGAAAUGGGAAAAUCAGAUGAUAAAAUCUAUUUAGUAAUUCCAUCAAUAUUCUUUUUAAAUUACAGAUUUUUGAAUUAAAUUGAGGGUUUUAAUCUAAUCUAAAUUUGAAUCUUUUUUGUGCCUACCAUGUGCCUAGCAUAAUCUAUCUCAUAAUUAAUUAUUCUCCUGCUUUGAUAUUUACAGAUUUCAUUUUUGUGAUUUUGAUUUAAAGGCAGACUGAGUGGGGUUUUUCUCAGAAACAGUGUUUAGACUCAAACAGAUGACUUUUGACUGAUGACCCGUUAGAAGUGUGUAGUGGUGUCUGAAUCUGUGGAGACCCUGCUUCUUGCGUAAAAUUUCUUAUGUUGCUGUUUCUGGGUCAUUUCUGGGCGUCAGCCUUUUGGUAAUGGGUGUGUAGCUCUCAGCCAGUAAUGAUGCACAGGGUGGGAGGGUUGCAGGUGGUACGCUGGGCUGUGUUCUGGCAGUCGCGGUCAGAGGGUGUGCACUUUGGGUGUCCUUAAGAUGGGGGAGGAGGGGACAAUCUUGAAUGUUGUGUUCACAAACCACAACUGAAAAAUCCUACUCAUACUGACUUUAAAGUGCUCAGCAUGUCUUUUAAAGAUUAAAUGAAUCCACAGAGCGGAAGCGGGAACUUUUAUUGGCUGGGUGUUGGCUCCUGUUCCACCUUCAGCUUAUUUUAUUUUUGUUUUUUUUUCUGUUUUUUUUUUUUGGUGAAUAUAUUAACUGAGAAUAAUUGAGCUUGAAAGUUAUUCUGAUGGCACCAUCAGGUCUCCAUAAAAACGUUGACACCAACCUAGACACAAGUGCUACAUUGACCAUGUGUCAGUUUUUCCAUCAUGAUUUGGGUGUAAGUUUCACUGAAGGGCCUCCAUUGAGGGGUUUUGCUCUGCAGGUUUUGUUCUACAUCUGUAAAACUGAUCUCCAUACACCCAGUAAUCUCCUUUUUUUUUUUCUUAUGAAGAAAGGGCAUAGAGUUGGUUCCAUAGAGCUCUGAAAUGUCACAUACUGUACACGUGAAGCAGGACUAGAACAUUUACUUUGAGUCAGAGAGCAGUUUGGCAAAGACAAGAGAGAGGGAUGUGGCAGCUGUUUGAGAGAUGUGAGCUCCCUCUAGUGAAAGAGAAGCAGCGCUGCAACAUUACUUGAAUCUUUUCUACAAGUAUUUAAUCA